UGCUCGCGUCAAGAGGAGCUCCGCAUCCCGCGUGCCGCCGGCCGGUGGUGUUUCUCACACGAGUCGAGUAGUUUCCGCCGAUCGGACCAUGCCAGCAGAACUGCCCCCCGUGCUAAAGUUUUGAUUUUUUUUUUCAAAUUUGGAAGAAAAAAAUAGUACCGAGACAAACAGUGUGACACAUGGCGUUCGACACGCGUGUGCUCGUCGUGGUGCUUUUUUUGGUGACCAAGUUUUCGCGCGCCCAGCCGUCGAUGGACGAACUCAGCGAGGUCGACAAGCCAAUUCCAUCGACCAGCGUGGAAGGAGUGCUGGGAAGGAGAGGCACCCUUCCGUGCAACAUUGAGCCUUCAGAGCGAUCCGACAGCGUCUACAUGGUGCUCUGGUUCAAAGAGGCUGACGGCGAGCCAUUGUACAGCUACGACUUGCGAGGGAGGAAGGUUGGAAACGCAAAGCUGUGGUCGUCGCCGAACGUGUUUGGGCCGCGAGCACGUUUUCAGACCGAGACCACUCCUGCCGUGCUGCAAGUGGAAGGUCUCCUGGUCGAGGACGAAGGCGUCUACAGAUGCAGAGUCGAUUUCAGGAAUUCGCCUACGAGGAACGUCAAAAUCAACCUCACAGUCAUCGUGCCUCCCGAGAGACCAGUGAUAUUCGAUGCGAAAAGACGUGACCGGACCAAGAUCCUGGAACCGUACAACGAGGGCAGCGACGUCCACCUUAUUUGCGAAGUGUCUGGCGGUCGGCCAAAGCCAGAAUUAAAGUGGUUUCUUGAAAACACGCUCAUCGAUGAUUCUUACGAGUACAAGCCAGGAGACGUCACCGUCAACAGGCUCGUCUUUCCAAACAUCGGCCGCCAGCAUCUCAAUUCAAGACUGAUUUGCCUCGCCAGCAACACAAAUUUGAAUGAACCGGCAAUGAAGGCGGUCGUGCUUGACAUCAAUUUGAAACCAAUUGCAGUCAAUAUUGUGACCAAAGAAAAGCACGUUUCUGCUGACAAAAGGUACGAGGUGGAGUGCAAAGCGUCAGGGUCGCGACCUGAGGCCGUCAUUACUUGGUGGAAGGGGAGCAGGCAGAUCAAGCGUAUCACCAAAAAUUUCGCUGAAGACGGCAACCACACCAUUAGCAUCCUGACGUUCGUCCCCGGUAUCGAUGACGACGGCAAAUACCUGACGUGCCGCGCUGAAAAUCCCUCGAUCCCCGAGUCCGCCCUCGAAGACAAGUGGAGACUUGACGUGCACUAUGCACCGUUGAUCACGCUGAAAAUGGGCAGCACGCUGAACGCGGACGACAUCAAGGAGGGCGACGACGUCUACUUCGAGUGCCACAUCAAGGCCAACCCGAAGAUCUACAAGAAGACCUGGUUCCAUAACAAUCGUGAGAUUGUGCAGAACGUGAGCGCUGGCGUGAUUAUCAGCGACAACAGCCUCGUCCUGCAAGGGGUCACGCGCUUCAACGCAGGCUACUACACGUGCAUGGCCACCAAUGCAGAGGGCAAAGGCAACAGUAAUCCCGUGGAGCUGCGGAUAAUGUACGUGCCAACGUGCCGGGACGAGCGCGAGGAGCUGCUGGGCGCCCUGAAGCACGAGACGGUGGUGGUGCGGUGCGAGGUGGACGCAAACCCGCCCAUCGUCUCCUUCACGUGGACGUUCAACAACUCGGGCGACGUGGCCGAGGUGCCGCACUCCAAGGUGACCAGCGACGCCACCACCAGCCGCCUCAACUACACGCCCGUCGCCGACAUGGACUACGGCACCCUGGCGUGCUGGGGCGCCAACGCCGUCGGACGCCAACGCAACCCCUGCAUCUUCCAAGUCGUCGCCGCAGGUCGACCCUUUCCGUUGACCAACUGCAGCAUCACGAACCAGACGGUGGACAGCCUGACCGUGGACUGCGUCGAGGGUUUCGACGGCGGUCUUCCGCAGUACUUCCUGGUGGAGGUGCUCGAGGUUCCUGAACGCAGACUGCGCCACAACGCCACUUCCAGAUUUCCCACAUUUACGCUUCACGGACUCGAGCCCGGACUGAACUUCAUGCUGCAACUUUACGCGGCCAACGCCAAGGGCAGGUCCGAGGCGACGCUCAUCGAAGGGCUCUCUGUCAAAGGAGUGGCAAAGUUCACAGGGCCGACCGCAGCGUGGCCAGUGAACCCGGUUUUGGGCGCGUUGGUGGUCACCGCCAUCCUGCUGUUGCUGAUCGUGUUUGCCGUGCUAGUCGCCCUUUACAAACGCCACCAGAAGCCGUCGAGGAACGGGUCUGCGGUGGUGUGCAAGGCGCCUCCACCCUGCAACAACGGCGGCGGCAUCGUCAUGGAGGCGCGCAGGGUGGAAAACGACGAAAGCGCCGGACAGUUGCUGCCCACGGGGACGCCGGUCGGCGGUGGGGACACCGACACCGACCCCGAUGUCAUUCCCAGCAAACACGAACGUCGUCCUUUGAAGGGCUUCAUGAAAAUGUACAAAACGCCUCCGCAGCGGCGGCGAAAAAAGACAGACAGUCCUCAGGAAAUGGUGGCGGCCGAACUGGAGGCGGCCGCGGAGGUGGACGCCGAGUUGAGCAUGGCGGCGGCCCACGAGCAGCGGAUGCUCGGCGUGGCCUGCAGUGGCACCUCUAUUAAUCAUCUAGCUAAUAACAUUUCAUCCACGGGGACGCUGAGCCGAGUGCACAAAGGCGUGAGCGCCAGUCCAACCAGCAGUAACGACGACAGAUUGCUCAUAGACUCGCUGCACGCGCUAGAAUUAGUCGCUUCCUCCCGCAUGCAAGAGUCGUGCAUUUAAAAUAAAAAAUAGUAAAAAAAGUAAGUUCGGACGGACAAUUGUGUCACGUGUGUGGGUGCACCAAUAAGGAAGCCAAAGAAUGAAAAAAACUGUUUUACGAGACUGCGUCUGAUUCUCGAGCUGUGCGACUAAAGAAGGAAGAAAGGAAAACUAAACAAACUGUUAUGUCAAGAGGAAUUUCUUCGUAUGAAAAUUUACCUCCGGUUUAUUUUGAGGGCGUGAGAAUUUUUUAAUCGAGGCCUAAACGCCAACACGUUGUAUUUGUGUUCAAACAGAAGUACGAAAACAAGUCCAUUUUCUCUUGCCGGGAUAAACAAAAUAAUACAAAAAAAAAUGGCGUAAAGUUCAUGCCAAUGCAUCAGUUUGUAAACUUUAAAUUAAUCAGAUGGAAAGUUCAAAUGAUUCAAUUGGUUUUUGGCGGGAAAACUUAUAAAAAAUCAAGUAUUUUUCUCAGAUCAAAACAAUAUUGAGGUUUUUAUUUAAAAAAUUAUUGUAAUUCUGGUUAAUUCUAUUUUGGAUACAGAAAUGCAGGGUUUGGGCUCUAAUAAAAUAGUAGCAAAAAUUACACAUCUUUGAUUGUUCUUACAAUUAAAAUUGUUUCUUCAAUAGCUAUUUUGUUAUAAAAAUUUUUAGAAAUGCUAAACAUUUUUUUCAAGUUUUUUUUUUAUAUAAAAUAUCAAAUAUCUAAGUAACAAAAUUACAGGAAAUUUUUUUUAUUUAAUUAUUGAUUAUUGACUUUAUUUUUAGGUUCCAAAAUAUCAGAUUAUUGUAGAUGCCUUCAUUUUAAAACUGAAUGAAAACCACCCACGAACAGAGUGAAUUAAUUCCACUUAAAUGUGAAAAAGAUGGCGACCAGAGUGUUUAAUUAUUUUACUGUUCUUAUAUGCAUUGAAUGUUUUAGAACAAAUUAUCAAAUUAACAAUAUGGUUAAUUGAAAAUUUUGGCUCUAGCCACAGGUCUGUAUCUCAAAUUUAUUCAAAGAUAUAUAAUUUUAAUCUUCAAUUGCAUUUUGCCAGAAAAUCGCUCUCUGUAUUCUCAAGUUUUUCCUCCGCCAAAAUCAAUAAAAUUAACUUUCUUUUUUCCACCUGAAUUUUUUAAAGUAAUCAAACUGAUUUUUGACUUGAAUUAACGCCGCUGCGUCAAAAUUGCAUGAUGACUGUAGGCAUUUUUGUGCAGAGCAGAGAUAUAUUUGUCUCGAGUAGCACAACUUUACUGUUAAAAAUUAAUUUAAUGAAUGGAGACGUACUGUACACACUCGCGACUAACAAACCCCCAGACUCUUCUCGUCGGAUAAGCCGCUCCUGCUCUUGAUGGAGUUUGUUAUAAUUGUAAUGUGCGUUUUGCGGUUCGAAUUCGCAAGCGGAAACUCAAACGCAAACUCUCUCUCUCUGUUGGUUCUAAUCUAUAUUUAACAGUUAAAUACAACAAUACAAACGAGAGCCACGCCGCAAUUGUCGGAGGUGCGUAGUCGCGGUGACUACGCGCGGCUGAUCACGCGCCAAAGUGUAAAUGUGUGAUAAUUUAUUAAUAAUUAAUUAAUACAUGAAAACGAGACGAUAUAUUAAAAGCAUUAUUAACUGAUUGUAAAUUAAUGCAUGACCCAUUCGAGGCAGAAGCGCAGGAGAGGAUUCUUACAAUUGUACAUAACUACCGACGUUUAAAAAAAGAAAGGAAAACCCUCCUAUAUAUCUGUAAGUUAUUGAUAUG